GCCGAAAGGCAAACCUGCCUCGCUCAAAGUGGUGCAGAGCACAGGGACCAUUUCCUUUCCAAAAGCGUACUCUGCUUUCAUCGCUGGUUCCUCUUCUCCGUUCUCUCGCCCCUGUUCAAAUCUCUCUCUCUCUCUCUCUCUCUCUGUACGAGAACGGAGAACCAAAGGCAUUGAGAAGGAAUUGAAGCUGAGUUAGGGCGGCGGCGACGGCAGGCGGCAUGAACGGGAAAUCAGAGGAUCAUCAGCGGGCGAUGAUGCUGGGAGGUACUGCAGGAAUGAAGAAGAGCAUGUCGGAGUUGGCUUUGGAGGCGUUUCUCAUGUCUCAUACCAAGGACGACAAAUCUCUAUUGGACUUAUUGGAUGACUUUUCAAGUUGUGAUGAAGUGACAGAAACCCAAUGCUGGUCAGAAAAUCUUGAUCCUAAGCAGUCCAGCAUCUCACCAGCUAUUAAUUCCAAAUCAUCAAUAUGCGGUGGUGAUAAUCAAGCAAGGGGAGCUACAAGUGCUUCCUCACAUGAGCAAUCGGAUGAUGGAGGCGCAGAGAUAGAAGCUGGACCAUGUGAGCAAAGCACAGAUCCCGCUGAUUAUAAGCGCCUUAAGAGGAUGGUUUCAAAUCGGGAGUCUGCUAGGCGAUCAAGAAGAAGAAAGCAACAACAUUUGCAAGGUCUGGAAUCAGAGGCUGAUCAACUGUUAGGAGAAAACGAAUCUUUGUUCAAGCAGCUUAUAAAUGUUACUCGACAAUUUCGAGAUGCUUACACAAAUAACCGAGUUCUUAAAUCAGAUGUGGAUGCUUUGAGAGCGAAGGUGAAAUUAGCAGAAGAUAUGGUGGCCAGAGGCUCCCUCACCUGUGGUUUGAAUCAGCUUCUUAAGGAUAACUUGACGACCUCACUGCAAAUGCUUGAUACUUCUAGCCUCUGCCGGUUGGAAAAUGUCUCACAAACUGACACUGUACCUGGAGACGAUGCCUCUUAUGUCGGAAUGACAAUAUCUGGGCAGAAUUCGACCCCUGGAAUAAAAAAUACCGAUGUUUGUGUUAAUAAUGGAAUAGUGAGGAUGUUGUAAGCUGUGUGAUUGCUAUGUGGCGUACAGAAUUUUUCUCUAUAUUGUCUGUGUAGAGCUAACAUCUAUUUGCUUUUAAAGACUCAUUGUUUUGUGUUUUUUAUGUUGUUGCAAAUUGAAACUAUAGCUGUUUUAUUUCACAGAAAA